AUGCCACGUGACCGCUUGUUCAAAUUGGUUGGGAAAACAAUAGAUCUCGUCUCCGCUUACAAGUUCUACCCCGUACAUCCUCUUGACAGACAACACUUGAGGAUUGGUGUGUUCGACACGGACAGCAAGAGGGCGCGGAUCUAUGGGACUAAUGUCCUACCUUUCGGUGCCACCGGAAGUGUGGCUGGCUUCCUUAGGGUGUCAGCCGCCGUCUGGCACACUGGCGUCCGAGACAUGGGCUUGGGCUGGUGCGCAUACUUCGAUGAUUUUCCAUUGCUAUCUUGUGAUGGAAUGGAGGAACAGAUCGAAGAACUCGCCGACGAAGUGUUCGAGGCUCUUGGGAUUCAGUAUGCCAAAGAGGGCAAGAAAGCAACAAAGUUUGAUGCGGUUUUUAAUGCGCUUGGCUUGGCCUUCGACCUGUCGGGAUUCGAGAGCGGGGUCAUCUCCAUCACACAUACCAGCGAUCGAAAGAAGGAGUUGAACGACGCUCUCGCGAACAUCUUGCAGACGGGAAGACUUAGCCCCAAGGAGGCUGAAGUCCUCCGCGGGCGCAUGCAUUGGUAUUCUUCUUACUUGUUCGGACGGGCACCGUGCGAAGCUAUGCACCAACUUUCCUUGAGAGCCAGGGGAAUCGAUGGUUCAUCGGAACUGAGCGCUGAUCUGGAAUGGGCGGUGAGGACACUGCUCCAACACGUCAGUACCUCGAGACCCUUGGAGUUGAGGCAGACUUCCGGGAGAGAGCUCUUCAUUUUUACUGAUGGAUCUUAUGAACCUGGCGCUGGGGUUGUGGCCGGCAUCGGAGGAAUCAUUUACGAUGCCUCUGGCGUCCCGUUGGCUUUCUUCAGCUCGGAGAUCCCCAAGUCUGAUUUGGAAGUGCUGGAGGCUGAAUCCGAGCAUCCAAUCUAUGAAGUCGAACUCUACGCGGUCCUAGUGGCGUUCAUGCUAUGGGCGGAAGUGUUGAGAGAUACCUUCAGCACCUUCUACUUAGACAACGAAGCUGCGCAAUCCGCUUUGAUUGCUGGCCGCUCUGGGACUCGAAACGGACGACGGCUCUUACAGCAGGUCUUAUCGCUGGAACAUGACAAUAUGGCUAGGCCGUGGUUUGGGCGUGUGCCUACCCACUCGAACCCGGCAGACCCGCCUAGCCGACAGAUCGUGGACCACCUGAUCAGACAAGGCGCAAGGCAGGACGAUGUCGACUUGGGCUGUCUGCUGCUUGAAAGGCCUCCGGAUACGGGCUGA